AUUGGUACAUUUUAGUUUGCCGUUCAUCAACUAUGGUUUCAUCAACUAAAAUCUUUUUCAUAUUGUUGACUGUUUUUCUCUUCAUAUUCCCAUCUGGUGCAUAGUGAUACAUAUACCUAUAUCUUUUGUAUAAUCAUAGUUUCUUUUGUUCUAAAAAUGGUUAGUUGUGCUACAGGAUUAUUUUCAAGGACUUUGACCAUCACCCACAAGUGCACCUACACAGUGUGGCCAGCCGUUUUAACCGCCGCCGGAAGCUCGCCCCUCUCCACCACUGGCUUCGUCCUCCUACCAGGUGACUCCAACACUCUCCCUGUGCCUCCCACUUGGUCCGGCCGAUUGUGGGGUCAGACCCUUUGCACCGUUGACAUCACUGGCAAGUUCUCAUGUGUCACCGGUGACUGCGGGAUGUCAACGGUAGAAUGCGCCAGUGCUAACCCUGCCCUACCAGUUACUCUGGUAGAAUUUGAUUUGAACGUGACGUCCCAGAUGAACUUAUACGACAUCAGCCUUGUGGAAGGUUUCAACCUUCCGGUGAGAAUGGCUCCCACCGGUGGAAAGUGUUUGGCGAAGGGUUGCUUGGCGGACUUGAACGCGGCUUGUCCCAUGGAGCUUAAGGUAAUGAGGGAUGGAGAGGCAUUUGCUUGCAAAAACACGUGCGAAACUGAAGGAUGCUUCCGUUCACUUUUUUUUAAGACCGCAUGUUCUGACGCUCACGAUCAUGCCUUCUUCAAUUGUUCAUCUCCUCAUUAUACAGUCACUUUCUGUCCCAAUUCCAGAAGAUGGAGGAAGGCAGAGAAGAAAAAAGAGACUUCAGGGAAAAACGUAGUAAAAUACACAGGCGUGUUAGCUGUUAUUAGCGUUAUUUGUAGCUUUAUAAUAUUCAGAAUAAGAUUACGUUUAUCAAACAGAGACUGGGAAAUCAGCUUGAGCGCAGGAACUAUAGAGCUGACACCACAAAUAGAGUCCAACGCAUAA